AUGGAAGGACAUUUGUGUGGCUAGAUGGAUAGAUGGCUGGACGGAUGGACGGACACAUGGACGGGAUCAGACCCCCACAGCCCCACCCUCUGCCCCCCUCCAGGCCGCAAAUUCAUCAUCGCCAACGCGCGGGUGGAGAACUGCGCCGUGAUUUACUGCAACGAUGGCUUCUGUGAGCUGUGCGGGUACACACGAGCCGAGGUCAUGCAGAAGCCCUGCACCUGCGACUUCCUGCACGGGCCCCGCACGCAGCGCAGCGCGGCUGCACAGAUUGCCCAGGCGCUGCUGGGCUCCGAGGAGCGCAAGGUGGAGAUUUGCUUCUACCGCAAGGACGGCAGCUGCUUCCUGUGCCUCGUGGAUGUGGUGCCGGUGAAGAACGAGGAUGGAGCCGUCAUUAUGUUCAUCCUCAACUUCGAGGCGGUGAUGGAGAGCGAACGGCCGCGCUCCCCCCCCGCGGACACCAACCAUUGGGUCACCCCCGGCGCCUGGAUCCCGGCAGGCCGCAGCCGCUCCUUCCGCCUGAAGCUGCCGGCCCUGCUGGCUCUAUCGGGCAGCAAGCAGUCGCUGCCUCCGGAGCCGCCCGACGCCGUCAUCGUGGACGUCUCCGAGCGCGGCGCCGAGCCGAGCAGCUCCUCUCUGGACAACGGCUGCCUGGGCUGCGCGCGGCCCGAGGACCAACGGGCUCUGAUGGAGCCGGAGGACGGCGACGCCCCCCCCGAGCCCCCCGUCACCCACUCCUCUCCCCUCGCCGAGCGCCUUCGCCCCGCGCCCUUCUCCGACGGCAGCCUGGCGCGCAGCCGCUCGAGGGAGAGCUGCCACAGCGUGCGCCGCGCCUCCUCCGUGGAUGACAUCGAGGCCAUGAGGGGAGAUGGGGAGAAGCGCUGCCACAGCCGGCACGCCAGCGCCGGGACCGGGAUGCACCGCGGAGCCAGCACCGGGGCCAUGAACAACAUCCGCAGCACUCUGCUCAACUCCACGUCCGACUCCGACCUGGUGAGGUACCGAGCCAUCAGCAGGAUCCCGCAGAUCACCCUCAACUUUGUGGACUUCAAAGCUGAUGCCUUCCUGGGGGCUCCAUCUGGAGAGAAGGAGAUCAUUGCCCCCACCAAACUGAAGGACCGCACGCACAACGUCACUGAGAAGGUCACCCAGGUGCUGUCCCUGGGUGCCGAUGUCCUCCCCGAGUACAAGCUGCAGGCGCCGCGCAUCCACAAAUGGACCAUCCUGCACUACAGCCCCUUCAAGGCGGUGUGGGACUGGCUCAUCCUGCUGCUGGUCAUCUACACCGCCAUCUUCACACCCUACUCGGCCGCCUUCCUGCUCAACGACCAGGAGGAGGCCCAGCGGCACAACUGUGGCUACUCCUGCAGCCCCCUCAACGUGGUGGACCUCAUCGUGGACAUCAUGUUCAUCAUCGACAUCCUCAUCAACUUCCGCACCACCUAUGUCAACUCCAACGAGGAGGUGGUGAGCCACCCCGCCAAGAUCGCCAUCCACUACUUCAAGGGCUGGUUCCUUAUCGACAUGGUGGCCGCCAUCCCCUUCGAUCUGCUCAUCUUCGGCUCCGGCUCUGAGGAGACCACCACACUGAUCGGGCUGCUGAAGACGGCGCGGCUGCUCCGCCUGGUGCGGGUGGCCCGCAAAUUAGACCGGUACUCUGAGUACGGGGCAGCCGUGCUCUUCCUGCUGAUGUGCACCUUCGCGCUGAUCGCACACUGGCUGGCCUGCAUCUGGUACGCCAUCGGCAACGUGGAGGGGCAGCGCAUCGGCUGGCUGCACUCGCUGGGCGACCAAAUCGGCAAGCCUCUGAACGACAGCAACCCCCUGUACGGCCCCACCAUCAAGGACAAGUACGUCACGGCGCUCUACUUCACCUUCAGCAGCCUGACCAGCGUCGGCUUCGGCAACGUCUCGCCCAACACCAACUCAGAGAAGAUCUUCUCCAUCUGUGUCAUGCUCAUCGGCUCCCUGAUGUACGCCAGCAUCUUUGGGAACGUGUCGGCCAUCAUCCAGCGGCUGUACUCGGGCACGGCGCGCUACCACACACAGAUGCUGCGCGUCCGCGAGUUCAUCCGCUUCCACCAGAUCCCAAACCCGCUGCGCCAGCGCCUGGAGGAGUAUUUCCAGCACGCCUGGUCCUACACCAACGGCAUCGACAUGAACGCGGUGCUGAAGGGCUUCCCUGAGUGCCUGCAGGCUGACAUCUGCCUGCACCUGAACCGCAGCCUGCUGCAGAACUGCAAGCCCUUCAAGGGAGCCACCAAGGGCUGCCUGCGCGCCCUGGCCAUGAAGUUCAAGACGACGCACGCUCCGCCCGGGGACACGCUGGUGCACGCCGGCGAUGUGCUGACGGCGCUCUACUUCAUCUCACGUGGCUCCAUCGAGAUCCUGCGCGGGGAUGUGGUGGUGGCCAUCCUGGGGAAGAACGACAUUUUUGGGGAGCCGCUGAACCUGUACGCACGGCCGGGGAAGUCCAACGCUGAUGUGCGUGCGCUCACCUACUGCGACCUGCACAAGAUCCACCGUGAGGACCUGCUGGAGGUGCUGGACAUGUACCCCGAGUUCUCCGAUCACUUCUGGUCCAGCCUGGAGAUCACCUUCAACCUGCGCGAUACCAACAUGAUCCCCGGUUCCCCGGGCAGCGAUGAACUGGACAGCGGCUUCAACCGCCUGCGCAAACGCAAGCUCUCCUUCCGCCGCCGCACGGAGAAAGAUGCGGAGGCCGCCGGGGAGCCGCGUGGUGGGCAGAAGGCGCUGCGGCUGAGCAGGGGCUGCCAGGCACCGGGAGCCCCGCGGGGGCCAGCAGAGUGGGAGCCAUGCCACUGCAGCUCGCCCUCCAGCUCCCCAUCCAGCGAUGAGGAUGAGCACCCAGCACCCACCCCGGGGGCUGCCGCUCUUUCGCCCUUCCGCAGCCCCCGGCCCGGCUGUGAAGCCCCCACAGCCACCGACGCUGAGGAGCGUGAGGGCAGCGAUAUGUGCAACCCCCUCUCAGGAGCCUUCUCGGGGGUCUCCAACAUCUUCAGCUUCUGGGGGGAGAGCCGGGGGAGACAGUACCAGGAACUGCCCCGCUGCACCAUCCCUGCACACGCAGCCCUCGGGAUCCCAAUGCCCUCCAUGACCCGCCGGCAGCGCUCUGAGGUGGAGAUGCGCCUUGACCUCCUCCAGAAGCAGCUCAAUAGGUUGGAGACGCGGAUGGCGGCGGACAUCAGCUCCAUCAUGCAGCUGCUGCAGCGCCAGGCUGCUCUCGUGCCCCCUGCCUACAGCACGGUGUCAUCCCCUCAUCAGCCUCCUGGUCCCCCCCCGUGCCCGCUGCAGCCCAUCCUCCCCAUCACCCCCAUCCAGCCGCUCUCUCAGGUUCCCAGCUUCCCAGUGCCCCCAGAGCUGCGCGGCGCUGGGGGUCCCCCGCCGCCCCCCGACGUGGUGCUGCUGCUGGAGCCGUCCCCACGCCGCCGCUCGCUGCCCGGCCCGCUGCCUCCCGCGCAGCCGCUGCACAGACAUUGCUCCGAUCCCGGCAGUUAGGGGGCAGCGCGGGACGGGGCCGGGACCCCCACUCACGGACGCGGGACCCCGUCCCCAGGACGCCGGGGUCACGGCUGCCGUCCCCACGGACAUUGCGCCCACGUUAGCUGGCCUAACCCCGGGCCGGGCCGGUGGCAGCGGGUGUGGGCUGCUCUCGCCCUUUCUCCUCCUCUCCUCCUCCUCCUCCUUCUCCUCCCCAUAGUGCUGCAGCGGGGGGACGGGGGAGCGGGGCGGUGUGCGUGUGUGCAUUUCCGUGUGCGCAUUUCCGUGUGCGCACACCUGUCCGACGCACACGCCUGUCCUCGUGCACAGAUGUGUCUGAUGCACACACGUCUUUGUGUGUGCCGUGCGUGUCCGCGUGCGUCUGCGAGCUGCGGCCCUCUGCCCCGUCUGCUUUGUGCACACGUGGGGCCGCGUGUCAGUGUGCUUGCCCCUACGGCCACGCCGCGUGUGUCCGGGUGUGCUCCUGGUGUGCAGGGUGCAAACACGCGUGUUCUCCGGGCGUGGGGUGGGCGCGUGUCCUUGUCUGUCUGCCGUGGGGCUGCCGUGGGGCAGCGCGUGGCUCUGGCGUCGUCCCCUCCCCGCGCUCUCUCCCCAUGGCACAGGGGUUGGGGGAGGCCCCGCUGUGCCGCCGCACGCACAAUGUGGUGGGGAGGGCUGGGGGGCAUGGGCAGGGUCCCCCUGCAGCCCCCCAACGUGCGUGCUGUGUUCGUGCCGUUGUCCCGUAGGUCUCUGUGUGCCCCCCCCCCAGCCUUUUUACACCGCCCUGCAUGUUGCCUUCUGCGGUAGGAGCCCCCGUCCCGCACCCCAAUAAAGCGGACC